GAUUGCGUUACUGUGGGCAUAACGCAAUACAUGCCUAAGUGGGCGCGCGCGCUCAACAGAUGGAAUGCCAGUAGCUUUGUGACGUAACCACCGUGAUUACUCGCAGGACUUGCUGAGACAGCAAAGAGAACAACAGGAAAGCAUAUUGCUUUAAAGUCAAGGCGACAAGAAAAUCGAGGAUUCCGUCAGAACGGUAAAAAAAUGUCGUUUCAUAGUUUAGGAAGUGAUGGGGCGGACGAGAUCAAGAUAUAUCUCGGGAAAUACUCAGGUGACAGAAAUGAGAAAGAAGAACGUCAUGGCGAAGGAAAAGCUCUGCUACCAAAUGGCGACGAGUAUCAAGGUCAAUAUCGGAAUGGACAAAGACAUGGAUUCGGGAAAUACAAAUUUGUCAGUAGAAAGGCAAGGUACGAAGGUGAAUACUUUGAAAACGAAAGAUCAGGACAAGGGACACUCUGGUAUCCCGAUGGAUCUGUGUACGAGGGAGCCUGGGCCGGGGGGCAGAGGAACGGUUACGGUGUUUACACGUAUCCAAACGGAGAUAAAUACGAGGGGGAGUGGAAAGAGGACCGACGACACGGACGCGGAGAGUAUAUCUACAAAGAUCAAGGUCUUAGAUACAAGGGUAACUGGGGGAAUGGUAAAUUUGAAGACGAAGGGCAUCUCAUCACUCCAAACUACACCUAUACAGGGAACUUCAACGGAGAGGAGCCAGUGGGACCCGGAAGGUUCCAAUUUGACACGGGCUGCGAACAGAAGGGCGAAUAUGUUACCAGGCGUAUGGUCCGUCGUACUAACACCAUGAGAGAGGUAGUCCAUGUUCCGGUAUGGAGGUGCCUGACUUUAUACGGGGCGGGACUCCGAGUCAUAAAACUUCCGAAAGAGUGUUAAUAAACAAAGAAGUUUCCCUGUUGAAAGUACAGUACUUGAUCUCAACAUUUUGAUUCCCAUCAAUGAUACGUUUUCGUCUAUGACUUCAGUUUUAUUGUACUCAUCUACCCUUUUCAAAGUUUUUAUGGUUUAAGUUAAUGAGUUGCUUAAUAAAAAAAAUCAUCUCUUAUUUGUUUGCUGGUCUCCUUAAUAUUAGCACAGGCCACUCGAACACUACGUCAGCAGUAAAAAUAAAUGUACUGUAAUUUACCUGUGUUCCUGUGUUGUUUUUAGUCGUUUAAAGGGGAUUUGAAUGAAGCGAAGGCGAUUUACUUUUCGAAUACUAUCUUGUCCCUGCCUCGUCCUCAGUCGCCCCCACCAUAGUAAAAAACCUAAUGAUCCCUGCGCUCACGUUCCUCACUCGCUACCAGCCCCCGUUCGCACCCUUUUGUUUACUCCCAGUCUCCCAAUCGCCCUUUGCGCUAAGAAAAAAAUAAGAAACGUCUGUGGAGGAGGCAGAUCUUGUCUGCCGCUUUGUAGAUGUGACGCUCCGAUUACGUCUCAAGUUUCCAUUAUCGUCGUUAACUAUUAACUCUCACCGGGGGAAAUAAAGGAAACUUUGGAAGUAGCGUCAUAAAUUACAAAGCGGCAGACAAGAUAACAGUCGAAAUCAUGUAAACCGCCUUCGCUUUAAUUUAUUCAAAUUCCUUUCCUUCUAAACGACUGAAAAAGACACAGGAACAGGUAAAUAACAAUACGUUUAUUUUUACUAGUGAUGUAGUGUUUGAGCCCCCCUGUGGUAUUAGUUCAGAAUUCUAACCCUAGUAUACGGUAAAAACCCGCUUGUGAGAACCUAAAUACAUUUUGGUGUCUGGCAAAAUAGGUUCUUGUAUCGUGGGGU